AUGUCAGUUGGUGUGUGUGACGUCAGUUGGUGUGUGCGAUGUCAGUUGGUUUGUGCGACGUCAGUUGGUGUGUAUGACGUCAGUUGUUGGUGUGUGCGACGUCAGUUGGUGUGUGUGACGUCAGUUGGUGUGUGCGAUGUCAGUUGGUUUGUGCGACGUCAGUUGGUGUGUGCGACGUCAGUUGGUGGUGUGUGUGUGACGUCAGUUGGUGUGUGUGACGUCAGGUGGUGUGUGUGUGACGUCAGUUGUUGGUGUGUGCGACGUCAGUUGGUAUGUGUGACGUCAGUUGGUGUGUGUGACGUCAGUUGGUGUGUGCGACGUCAGUUGGUGUGUGUGACGUCAGUUGGUUUGUGUGACUUGGUGUGUGCGACGUCAGUUGGUGUGUGUGACGUCAGUUGGUUUGUGCGACGUCAGUUGGUGUGUGUGAUGUCAGUUGGUGUGUGUGACGUCAGUUGGUGUGUGCGAUGUCAGUUGGUUUGUGUGACGUCAGUUGGUGUGACGUCAGUUGGUGUGUGUGACGUCAGUUGUUGGUGUGUGCGACGUCAGUUGGUGUGUGCGACGUCAGUUGGUGUGUGUGAUGUCAGUUGGUGUGUGCGACGUCAGUUGGUGUGUGUGACGUCAGUUGGUGUGUGCGACGUCAGUUGGUGUGUGCGACGUCAGUUGGUGUGCGUGAUGUCAGUUGGUGUGUGUGACUUGGUGUGUGUGACGUCAGUUGGUGUGUGCGACGUCAGUUGGUGUGUGCGACGUCAGUUGGUGUGUGUGAUGUCAGUUGGUGUGUGCGACGUCAGUUGGUGUGUGCGACGUCAGUUGGUGUGUGUGAUGUCAGUUGGUGUGUGUGCGACGUCAGUUGGUGUGUGUGACUUGGUGUGUGCGACGUCAGUUGGUGUGUGUGACGUCAGUUGGUUUGUGCGACGUCAGUUGGUGUGUGUGAUGUCAGUUGGUGUGUGUGACGUCAGUUGGUGUGUGCGAUGUCAGUUGGUUUGUGUGACGUCAGUUGGUGUGACGUCAGUUGGUGUGUGUGACUUGGUGUGUGUGACGUCAGUUGGUGUGUGUGUGUGUGUGUGUGUGACGUCAGUUGGUGUGUGUGACGUCAGUUGGUUUGUGCGACGUCAGUUGGUGUGUGUGAGACGUCAGUUGGUGUGUGUGACGUUAGUUGGUGUGUGUGACUUGGUGUGUGCGACGUCAGUUGGUGUGUGCGAUGUCAGUUGGUGUGUGCGACGUCAGUUGGUGUGUGUGACGUCAGUUGGUGUGCGCGACGUCAGUUGGUGUGUGCGACGUCAGUUGGUGUGCGUGAUGUCAGUUGGUGUGUGUGACUUGGUGUGUGCGACGUCAGUUGGUGUGUGCGACGUCAGUUGGUGUGUGAGACGUCAGUUGGUGUGUGCGACGUCAGUUGGUGUGUGUGAUGUCAGUUGGUGUGUGCGACGUCAGUUGGUGUGUGUGAUGUCAGUUGGUGUGUGCGACGUCAGUUGUUGGUGUGUGUGUGACGUCAGUUGGUUUGUGCGACGUCAGUUGGUGUGCGCGACGUCAGUUGGUGUGCGUGACGUCAGUUGGUGUGUGUGA